GCAGUCGAAGAUCGAGUGCAUACCCGCCAAAUUCGAAGAUGGAUUUUAGGAGAUGAAGCUAACACUCUAUCGCGGAGUUUUAACAUUAGCUAUUGUGAAUGGUUUGCUAGUAGCAAAGCUACUUGUCUGAAAAUAUUCAACAGGAAUACGAAGGGAAAGGGUUCGUUACCUAAACGUUAAUAUUUGCAAGUGAUUUAAAAAAAAUACUUAGUUUUUAAAUAUGUUGGCGCUAGUUGCCUACCUAGCUACUUCCGUUAAUAUUAUUCGCGAGCUAACUAGCUUGCAUUGUAGGUAACUUAGACGUCUGAUUAAACAUUGGUUUAUCUUUAAACUAGGCAGUGUCUCUAGUUCCUUGAUCAACCUUGACUAACUAGCUAACUGUAUGUCUCAUCUCUGUUAUCAGAAUCUGUCGAUUGCUCAAUGCAGCAUCAACAAGUAACCAACAGGUAAUGUGGCUUAAUAAUGCUUAAUUCUCGCAAGAGCUGGCCAUUGCAUUGUUUUACAUACAUACUCAGUAUGUUGCCCUGCCUCAUUUGGCAACUUAUACUGCCAGUACCUCUUGUUUGUCACGACAAUUCCAUAAGAAGUUGGCAAGAGAGCAGAAACUGGCACCCAGUCUGUUGGUAAAGUGUAUUAACCCAUGAAUGUUCGUGUUCUGUAAUGUAGUGGUGACAAUGACUCGAUCAAAGUGUUUGUGCGGGUGAGACCUCUGACCCAGGGGACCGGCCUGACCACUGAUGGAGACCAAGGCCUCUGUCUCACAGUCACCUCUCCCAACACCAUCCGCCUGCACUCCAAGCCGGAGCCACGGACCUUCACCUAUGACCAUGUUGCUGACAUGGACAUCACCCAGGUCAGUGUUGGUGGAUAGACUGUUACAGUUGAACUGUUGGUGGAUAGACUGUUACAGUUGAACUGUUGCUGUAACCUGGAGUAAUUCACACGUCAGUAGAUAGAGGCUCAAAUCAAACCAAGCUGAAUUUUAAUUGUUCACUUUUUUCGUCUCCUCUCUGUGCAACAGGAUUCUGUAUUCUCCAGUGUGGCCAAGAACAUUGUCGAGUCAUGUAUUAAUGGAUACAAUGGCACCAUUUUUGCCUAGUGAGUGAUGUUCUUAUUGUUUUACAGUUCAUUCAUGUUUUAUUACGUGCUGUAAUAUCUCACAGAUUUUUCAGUGCUGUAAAUUGAGAAUGUUUUCCUAUCACAGCGGACAAACUGGCUCUGGAAAAACAUUCACAAUGCUUGGUGAGUGCUGUAUUGAAUUAUUUAGUUUUGUUGCACAGACACCUUCAUUUCUUUGCAGUGCCUCAGUACUAAAUGUUGCGUGUGUUCUUUCCCUAGGUCCAUCUGAUUUCGACAACUUUACUGAUGACCAACGGGGGGUUAUCCCUCGAAGUUUUGAGUACCUGUUUUUCCUCAUCAACAGGGAGGUAGAAAGGGUGAGCAGAAAGUAACUGACAUUGAAAUACAAGAAGUGCCAGUGAUUUUGUUGUUUAUCUCUGUUUUCUCUCAGAUUGAUGAUUUAAAUGCCUUGUUUUUCCUGACAGUCUGAGAAUGCCAAGAGCUUCCUGUGCAAAUGCUCCUUCAUUGAGAUCUACAACGAGCAGAUCUAUGACCUGCUGGACAGUGCCUCAGCCAGCCUGUUCCUCAGAGAGAACAUCAAGAAGGGGGUGUUUGUGGAAGGGGCUGUAGAGAAGUUUGUCACUUCAGCUGCUGAAGCUUACCAGGUAGUAAAUCAUUUCAUGUGAUUGAUUAAAUGCCUUGCUUUAAACCAUGCUUUUGUCAUAGCAUAAAUUAUACUGUCUUAAUUUCUUGUGCAAGAUUGAUUUGACUGACAUUGAACUGUUUGCGUUUAAUUCAUUUAUCCCGCUUCCCUCUCAGGUGCUGUCGAUGGGCUGGCGUAAUCGGCGCGUGGCCUCUACCUCCAUGAACAGGGAGUCCUCACGGUCCCAUGCAGUCUUCACCAUGACCCUAGAGUCCAAGGAGACUGCUAAGGAGGUGGUGAACAUCCGCACAUCCCAGCUGAACUUGGUGGACCUGGCAGGGUCGGAGAGGCAGAGAGAUACACACACAGAGGGUUCCAGACUCAAGGUGAUGCUCCAGGACUACGGUUGACUGCUGACUGAACGAACAUUCACAACACUGCACACAACAAAGCCUUUAGAGGGCUACAUUCCAACUUGUAUGUGUUAUUGUUAUCACUCCUCUGACAUCUACCCCCUCUCUUCUCCUCUUCCAGGAGGCCAGCAGCAUCAACCGCUCCCUCAUGUGCCUGGGUCAGGUGAUCAUGGCGCUGGUGGAUGUGUCCAAUGGGAAGAGCCGGCAUAUCUGCUACAGGGACUCCAAACUCACCUUCUUGCUUCGGGUAAAAGACACUUGUAUCUAAUUGGAUUCUAAAAAAGCUCUUGCUUUCUUGAUGUUCCUUAUGUGUGCUAACAGAAACUUUUUCUGCAGGACUCUCUUGGAGGAAAUGCUAAGACCUACAUUAUAGCCAAUGUGCACCCAGGCUCUAAGUGCUUUGGCGAAACUCUAUCCACCUUACAAUUUGCCCAGAGAGCCAAGUUGAUCAAAAACAAGGUUAGUAUGAAAAGUUGCAUUUAUCACAAUUAGUAAUUAAAUAGGCUACACCUUUUCUCCAUAUACAGUGAUACUGAUUGUAAUAGAUAUUGUAUCUCUGGUAGUUUAGUGAGCAUCUCCUCGUGAUUCCUUGUGCUUUAUCAGGCCAUGAUCAACGAAGACACGCAGGGGAAUGUGAGGCAGCUUCAGGCUGAGGUGAAAAAGCUGAAGGAGCAGCUAGCUCAGGCUCUUUCUGCCCAGACACGCAGUGGGGGAGAUGUGGCCCCAGGAGGGCCCCAGAUUCCCAUUGGUAAGGUUGCGAUUCAGGUUCCCCUUAAAAAAAUCUGACCUAGGCUUUGCCACACUGGCUCACUCUGGUUGAUUCUUACAUGUGUGUACACUAGGGUUGCACGAUAUUGGAAAUAACUGACAUUGCGAUAUUUUGUUUUUCUGCAAUAUAUAUUGCGAUAUGAAAAAAUACAGGAUGUAUGUAUGAUCCUCUGGGGAAAAAUACAGCGACUUUUCAGGUGGAAGUCCUCAUUAAUAAAGUUUACGGUCAGACUUCUGUAGGGCUCCGUUGUCCGGCUGGACCACAAGUCCGUUGUUGCUGUAUAAUAUUCCACUUGUGACGGCUCUGUUUCAACUUGUGCCUUGCAUUUCUCGUACAACUCUGGAUGGCAACUUGAGAAAAAUAGUUGCGUGAUGUCAUUACAUAUCGCUUGUCAAGCGACCGGAUCAUGUUUUUAAAACCCUCUUUGGUAACCGUGUUAAUUGGUACCAUGUCUUUGGCGACGUGAAAUGUUAUUGAAUCUGUGAUUUCUCUCUGCCGUUUGGAACCUUUCUCGUAUGGUGUAAUACUGGCAAAGGCAUCUGAAAUAGAUUUUUGCCUUGGAGGGCAUUGAGAUGCUUUGCACUCGUCAUACGAAGAUUUGUGGUGCCGCCUUAAAUGAUCGAACAAAUUGGUCGUGUUGCCUCGUGUUGUGGCAACAAUUGCAAGGCACUCUCGACAAAGUACCUGUUUUUGGUCAACAUCAUCCUGUCUGUAGCCGAAAUAUUUCCAUAUAAUUGACAAUGCAUUUCUUUUUGCAACCAAAUUCUCAAUUUCUGUAUUUUUUGCCUGUUCCUCGCUCAUCAUUUCGUCACGCGCAAGCAGAGCCUGCAUGGCAACCACGUGCAGCAACCAACUCCGUGUUUAAAAUAAUAAUAAACGGUGUAUCCAAUAACCCAUAAAUCAGAGUAAAUUACGUUAUAUCAGACAGAUAUAAUGCUAGUUUAACAUAAAAAAAAAAAAAUAUUGUAGACUGAUAUGUUUACCUUACUAAAUCGCACGUUCUGCGAUGUGACUAUUGCGGAUGCAUACAUCGCAAUGUCGAUGCUGAAACGAUAUAUCUUGCAGCCCUAGUGUAUACUGUCAAUUUUCCCCUGUAACAUUAAUUCUGAAAUGUGUUAGUCUCUCCACAUUCUUCUCCCCAGACCCCACUAAAGGCGGUCUUGAUGCCGCAUACAAGACACAGUUUUUAGAAGCUGUGCGUCUGUGGAAAAAGCGUGAAGACGACAAGCAGGUAUAGCUUUCUGUACUUUGAAACGGAUGACAAAUAAGUCAAUGUUAUGUCUCAAUAUUGUUUGUUAGAGGGAUGGUAGUUAAUACACAUACUGUACAUCCUCCCCUCCUUAGAUGCUGCUCCAGAAGGUGGCUCAGCUUGAGGAGGCCUGGGCCCAGAAGGAGAAAUUCAUUCACUCCAACCGCAUGAUUCUCAAGUUCAGAGAGGAACACAUCUCUCGCCUGGAGAAGAGCCUAAAGGGUGGCCAGGGAUUACUGUCUGACUCACAGAGCCAAGCCCUCGUCGACCAGCUGAAGGAGGAGAUCAAGAUCCUUCGAGACCAGGUACAAUAUGUUACCCGGUUAAAGUACUGUUGACCCCAAUCUGAAUCUGUGAAAAAUAAUUCAACUCACUUUCACAAAACACUUCAGAAAAUGAACAAUAACAUGUACAACUCCUUAAUUUGACAUUUGUUGCUACUUCUCAUUCCCUCUGUCCUACAGAUUGAGCAUCACCCAAAGAUGACCCGGUAUGCAGCGGAGAACUACAGCCUCCGGGAGGAGAACCGGCAGCUCCGCUCUCUUGAGUCUGGGAGGAGAGCUGAGGAGGCUGCAGGCCAAGCUGCUGCAGAGCUAGAGGAGGACUUCCAGAGGGCUCUGGAGACUGAGUGGUCUGAUGGAGGUAAGAACAGGAGAUGUACAAGAUAUCAAGGGACUGCACAUCAUUGUGAAAGUACCUCAUUGUAGUGUUGUCAAUGUUGCAUUAUGCUUAUCAAGUAACAAUAUUAUAACCACGAUCGAUAAUAGACAGUACUGUGCAGCCGUCUUCAUCGACCUGGCCAAGGCUUUCGACUCUGUCAACCACCGCAUUCUUAUUGGCAGACUAAAUAGCCUUGGUUUCUCAAAUGACUGCCUCGCCUGGUUCACCAACUACUUCUCCGAUAGAGUUCAAUGUGUCAAAUGGGAGGGCCUGUUGUCUGGACCUAUGGCAGUCUCUAUGGGGGUGCCACAGGGUUGCAACUUCUUGAGUAGGGGUGGGAGCAUAUGAGCUAAAAUCAUAUCACAUAUUUUCCACUGUCUCAGUACGAUAUCGAUAUGAUCUCACGAUAAUGACGUAAAAAAGAUGAAUCACAUUUUAAUAUCCCUUCUUGGUUAAAUUAUAUUAGUUAAGGAAAAAUAUGUAUUUGAACCUUAUAUAACCAGAAAGAGUGAGGCAUUGGACCGUAUGGACCUGAAAAGUUUUUAUUUGUAUUGUGCAAACAUGCAUUCCGUAAACAUGAGGUAGGUAGGCCUAUAUAUAUAUAUAUAUAUAUAUAUAUAUAUAUAUAUAUAUAUAAAUUAGAUAUUAAGUAAAAUUAAAUAAAAAAUAACAGGAGAUAAAGAAAAUAAGGUAAUUACAAAUUCAAAUACGUGUGUUUGUUUUGGCUACGGUCCGUAGAUAUGUAAAAAACUAACCGUUUGAAACUAAACCUUUCAAGCCUCAACCAUCAAUUAUCAACAAUAUCAACAAAUCUUCACUAGAACUUUCUUCACAAGUUCCGUGCCAGGAAUACCAGCAUGUUGACUGUUUCUGGCUUUAGUGCUGCCCUGUGACAUGUCACCACAUUGCCCCCAGUGCUGAAUGCCCUCUCAGAGGGGGCACUUGUGGCAGGGAUGCAUAAGUAUUUCUUUGCCAGACAACUCACACGUGGAAAAUUAGAUCCGUGAAAUCGCCACCACUCCAAAGGAUCAGACUCGCUGUCUGCUGCCGUUGCCAGAAUGUAGCUAUUCAGCUCUUGCUCAAUGAUCUGCCUCUCUGAACAUGAGGCAGGUGCACUGCUGGUCUGCUUAAAGAAGCUCCCAAGGCUCUUCUUGGGCUUCUUGCCUGAUUGAUGAGCAGUGGAAGCUUCUUUCUCCCUGUCAGUGUGAUCCUCUGCAAGAGACGAUUUUCCCAGGGCUGUGUUCUCCACCAGGAGGGCUUCGGUCUCUGAGGCAGCUCUCACCUUAAAAAAUGAAAAUAAUUAAACUUUAUUUGUAUAGCACCUUUCAUACAUAAAAUGCAGCCCAAAGUGCUUUACAUUUGAAGCAAUAAAACAAGAACAAAUGAAUAAAUACCUUAAUGUCCUCCAGUUUCUCAGCGGACAUGUACCUGGUCUUGAACCUUGGAUCUAGAAAGGUAGCCAUGGAGAGCAGCUCAUCUGUUGCAGGGUCAGUGUACUUGUUAUUCAAGUAAUCAAGAACCUUGAUCUUGAUCUCUUUGGUCAGUUCUGUAUCGUCCUUGCUCAGAUUUAGAACCUCUGCAUUUAACAGAUUGAUGACAGGCUUCAAAUAGGACACGCUCACAUACGCUUCUCCUGACAGGGCAUCUGUAAAGUCCUGGAGUGGCUUCAGUGCUGCUGUGACUGAUUCCAAGACCUGGAUGUCUUGCCAGGUAGGUACAAGGUGCCGUGUCUUUUUGUCCCCUGCCAGGACCUGUGUAAUGGCCUUUUCCUGCUCCAGGACUCUUUCCAUCAUUUUCAGACGAGAUCCCCACCUUGUCGGAGAUUCUGUGAUGAGCUUGUGCAGGGGCAGGCUUAGUUCAUUCUGUGCUGUCAUCAGGGCCUUCUGCUUUUUCCAGCUGUAUGAGAACGUGCUAACCACCUUUUUGCAAACCCCUGUGGCCCGGGAAAUCGCACACCCCUGUGGCCCGGGAGCGUUUUGGACACUCCUCUCUGGAAAUUGGGAAUAAGAAAUCAAAAUAAUAGGGUGAAAAAUAAUCAAAUCACAAUACAAUAAUAAUUAAUAAUAAUGCAUUUUUAUAUAGAAAUCACAAUACAAUAUAACUUUUAAUCUUUGUUUGAGGAUUUACGGCAUUUACAUUCAACUGUUACACAUUUUACAAAUCUGAUGUGCUUAGAUUUAGCCUACGGUACAUGGCUGAUGUGAGCUGUAUUUUUUCUUAAUAAUAAGCAUCAUACAGGGUAGGCCUAGGCUACAGUCCUGAAACUUACCAAUAGCAUUGUGCAGCCUGUGUCCGAAACAUCCAAGGUUUGCCCACUUGUUCAGCUGCAAUGCCUUGAUCAUGUUCGAUCCGCUGUCGGUCGUCAUACAAACUUGACGCGACUCUUUUAAUCCCCAGGACGACAGUAUGUCCCUCAGCCCACCUGCAAUUAUUUCCCCGGUGUGGUCGUCUGGGAAAUAAGACGUCUGUAGGCACUUACUUUUCAGUUUCCAGUCACCGUCUAUGUAAUGGAUUGUGAGGCUUAUAUAAGGUUCUGUGGUACGACUUGACCAUAGAUCGGCAGUAGUGGAGAAGAAUGGAAUGUUAUUUAUCUCACUGUAAACUCUGUCCCAGCAUUCUGUGUAAAGCUGUGGCAGGCAUUUUUGGCUAAAAUAUUUGCGGCUCGGGAUCUCAUAUCUUGGGUCCAGAGUUUGAAUCAACUUUCUGAACCCCUCUUUCUCCACAGUUUGAAUCGGUACCAUGUCCUUCGCUAUGUGAUUUGUAAUCGCAGCUGUGAUGUCUAUCCAUUUUUUGCUCGUCUUCUCAUAGCAAGUACCGGCAGCAAAUGAUGAUAUAAUUGAUUGUUGAGUGCGAGUCUGGCUUGUCUUCGGGCGAGCUCCUGGGCUUACUGUCUCACGCAUUCUGGUGCAUUGUUCAUACUCACGGACAUGUAUGUUUUUUAAGUGAUUGAACAGGUUGGUCGUGUUUCCACCUUUUGCUAAGACAACACGACGACACAACUUGCAUAGGGUAGUGUUUUGGUCGGGGUCGGAGAUUUUAAAGCCAAACCAGUUCCAAACAACAGAGGUGCCCCCUUUCUUCUUAACCAAUUUAUCCUCCUGCUCUUGAGCAACAUCAAUUUCUGUGUUUUCGCUCAUCCUGGAUUGUAAAGUUUUCCCCCAAUAGUUAACCUGCCUCCUAACUGCAGCUGCCUGCACACUUCUUUGUUGCUAGCACUACAUGCGUGCAACAAGUGCAUGCGACGUGCGCUCAUAAAAAUAGGUCAACAUAUUAACAUACAUUCUUUUAUUCGUAAGAACCAAGAAAGGUUGGAUAAAAAAAAAAAAAAAAAGAUGUAGCUACUUAGUACUAUCACUCAGUUGAAAUUUGGAACAAAAAAAUAUUGAUGCAAAAUUCGAAUUUAUGAAUUCUGAAUAAAUCGCGGUAUCCAUGAUAUUGCUAAAUCCAUAUCAUGGCGCGGCACAAUACCGGUUUUUACUAUCAAACCGGUAUAUCGCCCACUCCUAAUUCUUGGGCUGACUAUUUUCUCCGUGUAUAUCAAUGAUGUCGCUCUUGCUGCUGGUAACUCUCAGAUCCACCUCUACGCAGGCGACACCAUUUUCUAUACAUCUGGCCCUUCAUUUUGGACACUGUGUUAACAAACCUCCAAACGAGUUUCACUGCCAUACAACACUCCUUCAGUAGCCUCCAACUGCUCUUAAACACUAGUAAAACUAAAUGCAUGCUCUUCAAUCGAACGCUGCUGGCACCCGCCCACCCGACUAGAAUCACUACUCUCGACGGGUCUGACCUAGAGUAUGUGGACAACUACAAAUACCUAGGUGUCUGGUUAGACUGUAAACUCUCCUUCCAGACUCACAUUAAGAAUCUCCAAUCCAAAGUUAAAUCUAGAAUCGGCUUCCUAUUUCGCAACAAAGCCUCCUUCACUCAUGCUGCCAAACAUGCCCUCGUAAAACGGACUAUCCUACCGAUCCUUGACUUUGGCGAUGUCAUUUACAAAAUAGCUUCCAACACUCAACUCAGCAAAUUGGAUGUAGUCUAUCACAGUGCCAUCCGUUUAGUCACCAAAGGCCCAUAUACUACCCACUACUGUGACCUGUACGCUCUUGUUGGCUGGUCCUCACUACAUAUUCGUCGCCAAACCCACUGGCUCCAGGUCAUCUAUAAAUCACUGCUAGGCAAAUCACCGCCUUAUCUUAGCUCAUUGGUCACCAUAGAAACACCCACCCGUAGUCUGCGCUCCAGCAGGUAUAUCUCACUGGUCAUCCCCAAAGCCAACACCUCCUUUGGCCGCCAUUCCUUCCAGUUCUCUGCUGCCAAUGACUGGAACGAACUGCAAAAAAUCUCUGAAGCUGGAGACACUUAUCUCCCUCACUAACUUUAAGCAUCAGUUGUCAGAGCAGCUUACCGAUCACUGCACCUGUACACAGCCCAUCUGAAAUUAGCCCACCCAACUACCUCAUCCCCAUAUUGUUAUUUAUUUUGCUAAUUUGCACCCCAGUAUCUCUAUUUGCACAUCAUCUCUUGCACAUCUAUCAUUCCAUUGUUAAUACUAAUUGUAAUUAUUUUGCACUAUGGCCUAUUUAAUGCCUUACCUCCAUAACUUGCUACAUUUGCACACACUAUAUAUAUUUUCUGUUGUAUUUUUGACUUUGUUUUGUGACUAUACAAGUGAUGUAAUUGAUCAAAGCGUGCAAGGGUAUUCAGUAUAGUGAAUUUGACAUUUCUCCACAGCUCACCCGUCUUACUCCACUCCGGUAACUGCUGAAAACAUCUCUGCCAUCUCCAUGGAGAGGCUGAAGGCCCAGUUUCUCCAGAAACAGACAGAACUCACAGCCACCAUCCAAGCCUUCGAAGAGUAUAAGGAACUCACCAAGUAAGGAGGCUCUCUAGAGACAUGCAUGCUGUCAUGAUAUACAGUAUGAACCGUUGACUUCAUGAACAAAAUACAAAUUGUUGCAUUAAAUCGUAAUUAGCUCUUGGAACUUGAAGGUUAUUGGCACCAUGUUUUUGUUAUGUUGUUCUUCAGAGGGUUAAGGAUUACUCCUUAUGUUCCAGGAAACAGAUGUCAGAGUUGGAAUCAGAGAAGAGGUACCUGGAUAAGUCCAACAAGCAUCUGGAGAACAUUCUGGAGGCCACAAAGGCUCACAAGAAACUGGAGGUUUCUCAGCUGAACAAGAUCCACGUUGAAACUAUCAAGGUGAGGGUAUUUGCGUUAUUUAGCAGCUCGCCGAUGGCUCAAUGCCCCUCGAGGGCUGUGCCUGAACUACUGUAGAGGGUCAGGUUGGGGUACCUCUAGAUCCAGGAGUUUGCCCAACCUUGGUUGAAUUCUAUGAAGAUGGCCUAUUAAUGACUAAUACUUUAUUUCUCAUGCUAAUUUUAUGUGACUGUUUUGUCCCCCAGAUUCUCACCACGCCCACCAAGGCCUACAACCUGCGGACACGCCUUGUGCCACUCUCCAGCCCCGACCACCUGAACGGGAACGGGAGAGGAGAUGAGGACGUGGACGACAUCCAGAGUGAGCAGCCUCCACCAGCUAUGACGGAAAUAGCCUGUGAGGCGCUGACUGAGGAGCUGCAACAGGUCCAGGUACAGCACCCGGGCUUUAUCACUUAUAAAACGGAUAACGUAAAGUUAUACUUCUCAUUCUCUUGGUGGAAUCUAUUCAUCUAUUAUUUCCCUUCUGCUUGGCAGGAGCAAGCCAGUCAGGUGCAGACUCGGCUGGACCAGGAGGAGCUGAAGAGCAGGAAGCUGCUGCAGCAGAUUGUCAAGCUGGAGGAGCAGGUGACUGGGAUGGUAGAGGAGUCCAGGUACAAGGAUGAGGUAGGGAACUUCUGUCAUGUUCUGGAUAUGUUAUGUUCGUAUUCUUAACUUGUCGAGAAGGAACCUGCAAGUAAGAAUUUAGUUGGACGGUGUAUACCAUGUGUAUCCUGUACAUACGACUAAUAAAACUUGAAACUUGCAUAACUACGUACAGAUAAAGCUGAAUCCACUGCUUGAGGAGUUUCACUCCAUGUGAUAUUCAUGCUGUCGAUACACAAGCCCUGUUUUGAAGAUAAUAAAGUCACCCCUUCAGCUAUAUUGGUUUACAGUUAAUGACUAUAUGAAGCUAUAGUAAUUAACUCUUUAUUUGUAUGUCCAGCUGCUCUCCACUGAGCGAAGUGGCUGGAACAGAGAACAGCUGAGCCUGCAGGAGACUAUCAGCAACCUGGAGCAGAACCUACAGGCAGAGAGGAGGACCAGGGAGGGUAAAAAAAACCCAUCACACACUUCACCUAGUUUAUACUGAGUUACCCAUGGUUCUCUGGCGAUUAGUCUGACUGUAUGCAUCCACUAUAGGCAGAACUGUAAUACUCAAUUGUGUUACUAGUGUAGUGGAAAUUCUAACCAGAAAGGAAGAGAGACUGUAGAUUCUUCAAAUAACAACCUUUUUAUUAUACGAAUUGCAAUUCUGGAGUGGUUAACAAUCACUCAAAAGGUGUAGAGUUAAGAGCCCAACGAACAAGAGUUGGUUCUCAGCUUUUAUGACCUUUGUCUACGUGGCAGUUUAGCAGAGGUGUGAGAUCAUGGUGGGAACAUAGCAUACAAACAAGUGAUGACGCCAGUUUUUUGUUACUAUCUAGCUGCUGCUGCUCAAGCUAGCCUCUGUUCUCUUCAUAUCUCCACACAGCUGUGCCCUUGACAGAUACCAAAAGAACAGGAUGGACCAAAAACUGGUCACUCUUAGAGACGGCCCUUUGUCUUUGGCCGCGUGACUAAGUUACACAAAGAUCAGAGUGAAAAAAAAUACUAGCUUCUUCUUACAUGACAGAAACAGACAGUGGAAAUGUACAGGUUAAGGCUUAUACAGCACAUGUGCAUAACAGAGUUUGUAAUUUUCCCCACCAUACUAGUGUUAGUUAGCCAAAAGAAACCCCUCCUUCUUUACCGCCCAGGCACCCACUGUUAAAACCAUAAUGUACCAUUACUUUAGUCAGAGGACAGGAGGAUUUUUCUUUUUCCUGGGUAUUAUAUGGUUAUCAAAACAAUCCAUUCUCUCUUGUAGUUCUGAAGAGCGAGGUGCAUGACCUGCGGCUGGUGCUGCAGUCCUCUGAUAGGGAGCUGGCUGCUGUGAAGAAGGAGCUGUGUGAGGGCCAGAGUGAGCAGCAGAAGGAGACAUCACACCUCUCCAGAAGCCUGAUCAGCACUCAGCUACAGCUCUCAGAAGUCCAGUACGUAUGCAUGGCUACAGCUGUCUUGUUGUUUUGGAAUCUAGAUGUUUGUGUGUGUAUCGGACGAGAUUUACUCAAUUUGAUGGAAACCCUGGGAACUCAAUGUCACCAUAGUACUUUCACCAUAGUAGUUUGCAGACUCUCCAUCUCCUCCCCCUCACAUGUUUUCCCUCUCUCCCCCAGGCGGGAGUGGGAGCAGCUUCUGGAGCAGCAGCGGUCCCUGCAGGAUGCCUUUGACCAGCUCCAGGCAGAGGCCAAGUUUGAGGCAGACCAGUCCAGGCAGCAGCUAGAGGAGAAGCAGCAGGAGGUCACAGCUCAGCAGGCCCAAAUCACAGUCAGUCAGCUCCUCUUUAAACCAACCAAGCCCUGCUUAUCUGUUAAGGACAUUCAGAACCGGUCUCUCAUUUGUAUUCAAUUACAGUUAAACCUUUGAGGGUUUUUCUUGAUGAAUAUGUUGCUUGCAUUGUAGGAACUGACAAACGCUCUGCAGUCUGAAAGAGAACACACCAGCAAUCUGACCUCCCAGUUGAAAGAAGAUAAAGAAAGCACUUUAGAGUGAGUUGUAUUAAAGGAUUGUUUUCGAUUUGUGGAUGAUGAACUUUUUGAAGUGCAUUUGUUGACAUAUUUGAUUUGUUUCUCCCCAGAGAGCUUUUACAGACUAUGGAGCAGAAUGCAGUGCUAAGGAAGCAAGUGUCUGACCUGACUACACAAAGCCAACAACAGGUCUGUUUUUCAUCGUUACUGUAUACAUGGUUAUUGUAGUGCCCUAGAGUUGAGUAUUUUAGUUUUAUUAAAAUGUCUUAGAAAUUGCUAUCACCAGUAUGUUUUAGUUUAGUUGAACACUCUUUGACAUAUUGAAUCUUAAUCUCCAAUCAACUGUAAUUGACCCUCUCCAUUUGUAUUUUACUUUGAAAGGCUUCUAAUAUGGAAAGCCUUGAACAAAAUCUGACAACUGCCAAAGGGACCAUAACCAGCCUUGAGCAAAAGAUUGAACAAGACAAAGUAAGUCUGCUCACUUAAAUGACCUGCCAUUCAUUCUUAUUAUUUUGGGUUAUAGCAUGGAUUUGAUACCUCUUAUUUCAGAAGUCUCUUGUUGUGUUGUGUUUGACAGGAGUUUGUGCUGGAGCUGAUCAACCAGACCAGGGACCUCCGCAGUGAGCUGGGAGAAAAGGACCAGUGCCUCGCCAUGCUGUCUGGAGAUGUCAAGGACCUCACGGUACUGACUCAAGUCAUUUGUUUACCUUUUAAUUAAUUAUCAUGUUUAACUUGUAUACUUCUCAAUGCUUACUGUAAUUGAGUUUUGGCCUGUUUUGUUCUGACAGGAUAAGUACAGUGCUGUGUGCUCUGAGAGAGAGGAGAUCAAGGAACACAACUCCAGGAUGCAAGCAGAGCUCCAGGACCUGAGAGAAGCAGCAGAAAGGAAGGUGGCUUCUAAUCUGAUAGAGGUAAGACUUGGAGUUAAUUUUAAACAUAACAACUAGUGGCCUCUUGAGCUUUGAUACAAUGACACAUUCCUGAAUUCCAUCAUUAUGACAACGUCUGCAUGUAUGUUUUGUCCUCAGGUGGAGGUGCUACAGGAGGAGGUGGUCUAUGCCACUGAGGAGGUGGAGCGACUCACCAAGGUGUUAGACGAGCAGACGGGUCUUCUCCAAGCUUCACAGGAUCAGACUGCCCAGAAGGAGGCUAUCAUCCAAACUCUCCAGGAGAAGGUACCAGCCCAUUAUUUCUAUACACGUACAAUGAGCCACUGAAAACGAAUCAAGGGCUACAGUAGCAUGGAAAAUGGUAGAUUUGAGACCAUACAAAAUAGAUUGGAUCUCUACUUUACUCAUGGGAUUUCCCUGCCUGCUUUUCACCAGUUAAAACAACAGCAAGAAGCGGUUGAGAGGACCAUCCGAGGCGAGAGUGCCAAUCGUAUUCCACAGUCAUCCGUCACCCCUAAAGUGCUGCCAAAGGUAACGGAUACUUGUGUCUGAUGGUUUUUACCUCCUGUAUGCAUUACCAGGAAGGAACUCUGUCUGAUCAAGAGAGCGUUAUCUAAUCUUAUUGAUUUCUCUGUCAGACACCUCACACCCCCCGGAACUUCAACACUGACCUGACCCAGGUAAUGGAGUGCCAGGAGAGGGAGCUGGAGAGCCGACGCUCCUCCAUGGUGACUAUGGAAGUGCUCCUCACUGAGCUCAACUCUGAAAGGGCCGCCAAGAACGAGGAGAUCCAGAGGCUCAAGGUGUUUUUUUGUCUGUUUGUUUACGGCAUGUCAUGAUGAGUCCUAAACAUCCAAUCUUGAGGCACUUAUUUAACACAUUGAUAUAACGCAUACGGCAUCUAACAAGUCUGUGUUGAUUUCACACAGGGUCAGCUGAAUGAGAAGGAAAUAAUGCGAAUGGAGAUCCAAGCUCUUCUUGACCAGUUCUACACCAAGCAGAACCAACUGGCUCAGAAUGGAAACUCAAAUUGGUUAGUCCAUUAAAAUCACUUAUUUUCACCAAUUAAUAUUUGCAACCCAAGUGUUAUCAGACAGUUGAUUUGUCAAGUGUCUAAUGGAUAUAUUUUAAUUGACAGUGAUGUUUUAAAUGAGGCAAUUCAUCAGAACGUCUUGAGAGAGCUGCAGGAGGAGAGGAGUGAAAAGGUGUGUAUCAAUCACUCAACUCUCCUGUUCACUUGAAAUUUAGUUUUUGUAAACAGAAAAUGCCAUUUGCAGUAGGUGGUUUUUCAUAUUGCCUCAUUCCUUUCAUUUUCAGAGCACAGUAAUACAGAGGCUCACUGAAGCUCAGGGAAGGUAUGCAAAUAACAUACUUUGUUCUCUCAUCACACAGAUGCAAUGUGUAAUCUACAUGUGUUUGCAAAUACAUUUUCUCUCAAAUGCAUUUUUUAAAAAGUUUGACAUCUUUUGUUUGUUUGUGGUUUUGAUUAGAAUGCAGAGUCAGGAAUCCCUACUGGCCCAGUCUCAGACCUGUGUCCAGGAGCUGACCAAUGAGCUGAGGAACCGCUGCCUGGAGCUCAGAGAGCUGAGCUGUAAGGAGCACGACAAGGAGAGACUGCUUCAGGUGAGAACGGCAUCAGGGUCUGUAGGGGUUCUGGUUAUUGUAAUUUUAUGUAGUUUUGAAUAGACACUAUUUAUUUUAUUUGACCAGGCAGGUCAAUUAAGAACAAAUUCUUAUUUACAUAAAUAAAUGUAUCAUUUAUAUGGAAUGCAGAAAAGAGCAACUUGCCCCAGUUGACAUUCUGGAUACUUUUAUGGGAGACAUCAAUCUCCAUGCUCCUCCAGACAUCAAUGAUAUCAGGAGCUGUCCUAAUCCAUGAUUAGUUUUAGAAGGGUGCUUUGUACUGAAUCUAGCUAAUGUAUGGCGAUGGUUUUAGUGUGAAGGUGGGAAAAUGUCUGCAUCUGCCCUUGCUGUGCCCUACAGGAAGUGGAGGUUCUUCGGAAGCAGGUUGACCACUUGUCUGAGGAGAACGGCAAGCUUGUGGGCCAUAAGAACCAUAAGCAGAGGAUUGAGUACCUGGUUAAGCUAAAAAAGGAGAACACCAAACUUCAAGAGGUAAUAAUCAUAUUUAACAUUUCAUUACCUGGCUGCAUGGUGUACCAUCAAUAAACUUGGCCUCGGCAGUGAAAUACUGAGGGGCCAUUUCACUGCAUUUAUAGACUAUAAUUAACCCAAUUUAUUAUUUUUUUUAUUCAAGGAAAAUGAAAAACUCAGAUCGGAAAUGAGUAUGCGAGAAAAUGCAUGAAGCUUGAAUGCUUGGAGAGAUUCUCAUUGGCCACUCAACAUUUCUUGUUGACCGUGAACAUGUCCCCCAAACAGAACCUUUUCACCAUUUUAAGUUGACUGAUAACCAUGCUAUUGUAUCAUCACAUGAUAAACAGGUCAGUACAUUACCUGUUUCAAAAACUGUGAUUCUCACAAAUGUAUUUUAAUAUUUCUAUAUGAAUAUACUCUUAUUUCUACUAAGGCUGGGCUGGCCAAUACAUUGUGUAUAUUUUUAUUGCAAUAUGUAUGAUUGCGGUAUGCAUAUCAUUGGAUCUAAAUAUCCCAUGAUAUUUCCACUACCUCUCUGCAGGCUAAAACAGGCAACUUGUUCUCACCUUCUGCAGCCAGUGUAGCCCCCUAGGCCACAUUUAAAUGGAGGCUGUGCCACAGGGUCAUCUGCAUUCAUAUAUUACACUUGUUUAUAUGAUAUCAUCCUUUGUAUUGUAAUUACUUUUAUAUUAAUUUUGGUCUAUAUCGCCCAGCCCUAGUGUUUACCACAGUGGCUACCAGAGAUGCCACAAUAGGGUAGUUACAUUGUUUAACAACUGAACUGCUGGAUGAAAUAUAUUUCGUAUUUUAAAACUGUAAAUAUAUUCUCUGUAGUAGAAUAAUAAGUAAUACGGGUGAAUUCGGGAUUUUGUCCAGUUGAUCAUAAACAAAAUAUAUAAUUUGUUGUUUUUGUUACCAUUAUCUUGUCUGUUGGAACAAUGUGUGUAUUUUCCUCUUUCUAUUAGUCUCAUCUAUGUCCUUAGAAUAUAUGACAGGAUCAUGUCUAUGGACAGGGUGCAAAUCAUUUACUGUUACUUUAUGCUAAACUGUACUGCUUCUUUCUACCAUUUCUACUCUUUGUAAUAGGAUUUGUGUUAAUUAGAUAAUCAAAUAAAG